AUGCCUUACUCAGAUUAUAACUGGCAGAUCACUAAUCCCAAGAACCCCAUCUCUGCAAAGGAAAGCGGAAUUCAUAGUAAUUCACACCUCCACAGUCCCAUGUACUUCUUCCUCUCCAACCUGUCAUUUGUAGACAUCUGUUUCACCUCCACCACCAUCCCAAAGAUGCUGUGGAACAUCCAGACGCAGAGCAAAGUUAUCCCCUUUGAAGGCUGCAUCAUCCAGAUGUAUUUUUUCAUACUCUUUGCAGGACUGGACAGCCUAAUCCUGACUGUGAUGGCCUAUGACAGAUUUGUAGCCAUUUGUCACCCCUUGCACUACACAGUCAUUAUGAAUCUCUGGUUCUGUCUACUGCUGGUUCUGGUGUCCUGGAUCAUAAGUGCCCUGCAUUCCUUAUUAGAAAGCUUAAUGGUGUUGCGACUGUCCUUCUGUCCAGUCUUAGAAAUAUCCCACUUUUUCUGUGAACUCAAUCAGAUGAUCCAACUUGCCAGUUCUGACACCUUUCUCAAUAACCUGGUGAUGUAUUUUGGAUCUGUGUUGCUGGCUGGUACUUCCCUUACUGGUAUCCUUUACUCUUAUUCAAAGAUAGUUUCCUCCAUACAUGCCAUCUCAUGUUCUCAAGGGAAGUAUAAAGCAUUUUCCACCUGUGCAUCACACCUCUCAGUUGUUUCCUUAUUUUAUUGUACAAGCUUAGGAGUGUACCUUAGCUCUGCUGCUACCCACAGCUCACACUCAAGUGUAACAACCUCGGUGAUGUACACUGUGGUCACCCCCAUGCUGAACCCCUUCAUCUACAGUUUGAGAAAUAAGGACUUAAGGCUCUGA